AUGAAGGCAGGGUUCCUCGAGUCCUCUUCUUCCCGCCGCUCACGGCUCUCUGUGGCAAAGACUCCUCCUCCUCUCAAAGAAGAUGGAAAAUUCACCUUUGACCACUUUUCCCUGGAGCGCUUCUUGGGCCGCGGAAAUUUCUGCGAGGUCUUCGAGGCGACGCUCGUCGACGACCCUGCCGGCCAGGCCUACGCCCUCAAAGUGUUUGACCGAAAACAAGUCAUGCGACUGAACAAGAUCCAGGACGUGCUCAUGGAGCGGCACUGCAUGCUUCGCCUCAACGAGCCUGGACACCCGAACGUCAUCAAAAUGAUCGCAACCUUCAAAGACGAAUUCCGCGUUUGCAUUGUCUACGAGCUAGCGGAAAACGGUGAACUCUGGGAACUUCUCAUGCACGGAGGCGUGCUGACAGAGAACCUCGCCGCGCGCUACAUCCUGCAGCUGUGCGCGGCCGUCGAGUACAUUCACUCCAAGGGCAUUAUUCAUCGAGACAUCAAGGCAGAGAACAUCGUCGUGAAGCGGGAUGGCAAUUUGAAGCUGAUCGACUUCGGGACUGCCGUCGACCUCGAGCACCCCGAAGUGAAGCCGCCCAUCCUCGGCUCUCCCUCGCCGCUGAUCUCUGCGUCAAACCGAAAGCUGCCGGCACGUGUCUCCUUCGCGCACCACAUCGGCACUCCGCAGUUCAUGCCCCCGGAGGCAGUCCAGAACAAAGACAGCGGGAAAAUGCGAGAUCUGUGGAGUCUAGGAUGCACGAUUUACCAAAUUCUUACAGGCAACCCUCCCUUCGACGCGUCAACAAACUACUUCAUCUUCCUCAAGGUACAGGCGCACGAUCUCCAUUUUCCGCCGCACUUCCCGCCCGGCGCGCGCGAACUCGUCGAGCAGUUGCUGGCGCCCGAUCCGGCUCGUCGGUUGGGCCGGGAGAACGGGAUUUACGACGUGCUGAAUCACCCGUACAUUCUGUCCUUGAAAGCAAAGUUCUCUAGCUCGCUGGCGCGCAGCAUCGCUCCCGUGCCGCUCUUGCAAGAUCUCUGCUUCCGGUCUCUCCUGCAUGCGUAUUUCGUGAAGUUGACAGCCGCGGAGGAGCAGAAGGAGGAGGCGCGCGAGCGGGCGCGAGAAGACGCGAUCAAGAGGCAGUGCCUCGCCGCCGUCGAAGAAGCAGAGGACGAAGAACCCUCAGAGAGAGGCCGAGAAGGCCAGGGAACGGAGGAAGCGCCGGUGGAAGGCAGAGAAGACCCGAGCGAUGCUGAGAAGUACAUGCAACUCAUCGACGAAGUCAUUCCAGAAGGCGUCAAGAAACAGGUACAGAAUCCCGACCAGCCCUUUGUCAAAAUUCUCCUGGACCGACUGCACGACGCUGCGGCCUCGCGCCAAGCAACGCAAAGCUGGCAAGACGCGCUCGCGGACCAGUGGCUGAAGGAGAGCGAAAAACGACAGGAUAGCGACGACGAACAGAAGGACGCAGCGGAAGAGGAAGAAGGCGACGACAAAAGAAGUGACGGCGACGGAGAGAACGAAGAGAAGUGA